CAAGAUUUGGUUCUCUACGGGAGAUCUUGAAUACAUAAAGCACUAUAGUGUGUGUGUUGUGUGGUCCUGUUUUCUUCAAUGGGAUAAUUUAAGUAGGUUAAGUGAGAGCUGAUGGUAGUUUAGAGAGUGUCUAAUGUGACGUAUAGAAUACUUCUUCUUGGGUGCUUCGGCAGAGAUUAUAUUAUUGAUCCGAGAGAUGUGUUUGUGUAUGUAUGCGGUGGUCAGUUAGUACGUAUUACGAUUCUAUGGUUGGCUUUGUUUAUUAAUAAUUUUUUUUAUUGGCCUUCAGCCCAUUUAGUACUUUCUUGUUGGAGCUUCUUUUUUCCAUGGCGAAACUAGCAGAAGAGAAGAAUCUUGAAGGUUCACAAUACCAGAUUCUUCUCUCAUGUCCUUUUGGACUCUCUCCAUCUCAGGUCUCGGUGGAUUUCUCGAAAUCGCACGAUCGGGUUCCUCAUCCGGAUCCUGAUCUCGAAGAUUCUAUUUCUCAGGUCUGGGAAAAGAGAACACAGGGCAAUUCAUCAUUGUUCAAUGGCCAAAAGUUCAGGUAUGGAUCAUAUAGUUUAGAUGGUGAUGGUGGUGGUACCAAUGAAGUGCCACACGUUUGUCUUCGCCUUGGCCUGACUGAUUACAGGACUUUUGUAGGAACAAAUUUGAGUUCUCUGUGGGAGAAGUUCCUUGUUACAUCACAAGAUGACUCAAUAAGAUGUAGACAUACCUCAAGUCCAUUGGGUAAUGGAGCAGUUAUCGAAACUUCUGACAAGAAGAUUAUUGUGUUACGCCGGAGUAAUAAUGUUGGGGAGUUUCCAGGUCACUAUGUAUUCCCGGGGGGCCAUCCAGAGCCAACAGCAGUAGGUAUUGAUUACCACCAGCUUGAAAAUAAUGUUCAAACCGGCGAGCUUUUAAACAAGAAGGUGACUCAAGAAAUGUUUGACAGCAUUAUCUGUGAAGUUGUUGAAGAAACUGGAAUACCAGCAUCAUCACUUAGCCCUCCUCUGUUCAUCGGAAUAUCUCGUAGGGAGUUGAAUGCAAGACCUGCUAUGUUUUUCUUCGUCAAGUGUAGUCAUCAUUCAGAUGACAUUCCAAGAUUAUACUCUAGCGCUGAAGAUGGGUUCGAGUCAACACGGCUCCACACUGUCUCAUUGGAUGAGCUGAAGAUGAUGACAUCGAGAAUGCCGGGUUGCCAUCAUGGUGGAUACGCUCUCUACGAACUGAUGCUUCAACGUCUCAACAACAUUAAGGAAACGUCUGUAUUAGCCAAAGAGGACGAUACUUAAAUCUUACAAAUUAGUUGUGUGGUAGUUCAUUGGUUCUUUUGUGUUUAUAUUAUUACUUGAAUUUCAAGUAAUUUUUUUUUUUUUCAACUAA